AUGCUGAGCCGCCUGCAGGAGCUGCGCAAGGAGGAGGAGACGCUGCUGCGGGUGAAGGCGGCGCUGCACGAGCAGCUCACGCGCCUCAAGGUGGAGGAGCUGGCGCUGCAGUCCCUGAUCAGGUCCAGAGAGGAGAAGGUUACGGUCUCGUCAGCGGCUGCAGAGGAGCCUCACGAAACUCUUGGGCAGAUGGACAACGAGGCUGCUAUCAAUCAAACUGAAUUACACCUAAGUCUUCAAGAUCAUGAAGAGGAGGAGGAGGAAGAAGAGGAAUCUGAUUCGUGA